AUGGACAGGAGUCCCAAAUGCGAUCAGUGGGUGCUCCCCAUCAUCCAAGGCUACGUCCACCUGUCACAAAUAGCGGUGGAGCCCGCAGACAGCAACCCACUGAACACUGAGUCUCUGACCAACACUAAUUCGUGCGAUGAGACCUUUACUUUGGGCUUGAUUUCACGGCGGUCGCGGUACCAGGCCGGCACUAGGUACAACCGCCGCGGCAUCGAACCCGGUGGCAAAGUGGCGAACUAUGUGGAGACAGAGCAAAUCGUCUCCAUAGUCUGUUCUGACAGCAUUCACAGAGCUUCCUUCGUGCAGGUGCGCGGAUCGGUGCCCAUAUUUUGGAGCCAACCAGACUACAAGUUCAGGCCGCCUCCUCGCCUUGAUAGAUCCGAAGAGGAAUCUCACGCAGCCUUCAAGAACCAUUUCCAGGAAGAACUGAACAUAUACAAGCAAGUGUGCAUUGUGAACUUAGUGGAGCAGCAGGGAAGAGAGCGGAUCAUAUGGGAGACGUAUGGCAACCAUGUGCUGAAGUAUAACAGCCCGGAUAUCAUAUACGCUACGUUCGACUUCCAUGAGUAUUGCCGCGGCAUGCACUACGAAAACGUGAGCAUCCUUAUCAACGCGAUAGCAGACAUCAUCGGCGAGAUGCGCUUCUGUUGGCGCGAUGACCGCGGCUUGAUCUGUGCGCAGAAUGGAGUGUUUAGGGUCAAUUGCAUCGACUGUUUGGACAGGACUAACGUUGUUCAGACUGCGAUAGCGAAAUACGUGCUAGAACUCCAGCUGUGCCGGUUGGGAUUAGGAACUCCGGGCUGCGGCCUGCCGCCGGCGCUGCGCCACGCCUUCCUCACCAUGUGGGCCGACAACGGAGACGUCGUGUCCAGACAGUACGCCGGCACCAAGGCGCUGAAGGGCGAUUACACAAGGACAGGCGAAAGAAAAUUCACCGGCAUGAUGAAAGAUGGCGUCGCGUCAGCUAACAGAUUCAUCAUCUGUCAUUUCAAUGACGCACUGACGCAGUGCGCCAUAGACAUCGCUCUCGGGCAGCCUGUCAAUAUGGCGGCCAUAGACGAAAUAGACGACUUUUGGCGCGAUUUAAAAACGGCGUCCAUGAUGGUAUUUGAGAAUAUGGACACUGAAAGGCCUAAGUUAGAGUUGAUGCCAAGUUACUUUGGACAUCCAUUGGCUACUGAGUUUGCGACGGCUGAAAUUGCAUACGGAUUGGGGAGGUCAACAUACACUAUACCAGCUGAAGUUCCUGGAGCAUUAACUCUGCUUUACAGCCGUUUCGACAUGCUGACCUACCGCAGAUUGUAG